UUCACCUACAAGAGUACAAAAAUGUACGGAACACCCAUAUUUGCGACCGACCUCAGCGAACUCGAAGAGACGACGCCACAUCUGCCGGUGGGCUUUGAUAUUCGAUCUUCUCUGCGUUCGGCUAUUGCCCAGGUACAUGUGCCCAGUACACCAGAUGUGGUGCAUACCACACAUCCUGACGUUCAGGGGUUGAUUUCUGUACUCCAAAAAUGGAAGCGCGAGUUGAAAAAACCUAAGCCAACACCCACGUACCUCGCCUUUGUGUUAGACGAGUCAUACGGCGAUGAGCCACGCCUUACAGUGGAUGAUCCCGGUACCGGCGAGGAUUUUCGAUUAUGCGACCUCAGGGGCUUGGCAUCGUACCAGACGCGUGCUUUGCAAGAAGCUUGUGAUGCAACGGGUAGCACGUUGUAUCUCUCAGAACUGGUUCGCACCAUCGAGGAAGAGGAGGAAUAUGAGGGAGAUGACAUGGAUUAUUGUGAUGAGUAUGCGUUCGAGGAGCGUGAUGUAUAUCACGUUCGUGUUCCUGCCUAUGAAUUGACUGGUACGCGCGAUCUAGAGGGUGCGGAAGUCACCCCGUUGUUAUCUAUCACUGUCGAAGAUCUGGUACAAAACGACUACUUCAGUGAAGAGUAUUACGGACCGGAAGAUGACGGAACAGUAGAUGUUAUUAUCAUAGCUCCUGACCGACCGGCUCUCAUGGAAACGUUCCUUGGCACGGGCAUGAACCACAAUAAAGAAGUGUUGUCUUAUUUGCAUCAAAAAAUGCAGGAUAAGCCUUCCGAUCCAGCCUAUCGUGUUGACUUAGUCACACUGUGCGAAAAGGUGAUCGAAAAACAGGAAAUGAGCAUGCGCAGCAACCAGAGCAAGUCCAGCACUUACAUCUCACUCUACGGGCCCAUCCGCUCUGUUAUCAAGCUAUGUGCCGAGUUGGGAGAGAUAGAGCUGCUCCAAAGAGCUCUGUUGUGCUUCGAAGCAGGUGCUCCCAAGGAUCUAUUCACGGAACUAGGGCAAAUGCUGGGGAUUGUACCGUUCGACGUAAUGGUCGAGGGUCUACAAACUUGCAUCGAUCCCAUAAAGUCUUUCGAAGGUAGAUUCGAAGCCAUGAGACAACUUUUUGGGACGGACUUCGAGAGUAAAGAAGCUAUGGAGAAGAGAAUGAAUACUAGUCUCGGCCAAUGGUUCGUCUCGAAGAUGGAAGAGUUGCUUACACCCAAGAAGAUUCUGGUGAAGUCUGCGCGUAUGCCCUUGAUGCGUUUCGCCGAACUCCACGAUGUUGACACAUACAUACUAGAAAGGAUCUGCCCUCUACUCGAGAAGUCGUCCGACAUGUCACCCUUUGUCAUCUCGUUCUUGAACUUCAUUGGAAAGGCCAAUCUGAUUCGAGAUUCGACUGUCGCCACCGUCUUCAGGAGAGUAGUGCCAAUCCUGACGGAACAUUUCAAUUUAGCACUCUGGAUGAGAAAUGCAUUCUACGACUACGGAGACAAAUCGAUACAUCUGUACACCUUGAAGUCGUACGCCUCCCAAAGACAAUUAGCUCCAAUUGAUGGGAGGGAUCUUGGAGAGUUUCUAGACGCUUGUUUCACCUUCGGGUUGCACGCUGAAGUAGGGUUGAUUCUCGAAAAACUUGUAACCGAGAGUCAAUCUUUUGAUCGUCCAAUGCUCGAGGCGGUCACCCUUGCCUGUCUGGCACGUCUCAUAUUCGCACUCGUGCAACACCAUAUAUUCCUUGGAUCUUCGGAAUACUCACACCUCUAUCAGCAUAUACUGGGCGACUAUGUCGAUGCACAUGUGGGCGUGGAGCCAGCAAAGCCCAGUAAGAGUUGGAUACGCCGCCCAGUAACAUGCAGCUACCCACAACAAUGCAGCGACUGCAAUGAACUCAAUCAGUUUCUCCGAAACCCAAAUGAGUCUGUGUGGGAGUGGCAACUAUUCAAGACGCGACAUAGGCAUAUCGAACAAGGUUUAAGAUAUGGAAAAUCCGACUGCAAUGUCCGAACUGCACGGAAGGGAGUGAACGGCCCAUAUGUUGUUGUUCUCACAAAAUCAACCGACUCUUACGAUUCUGCUUUUAGUGCUUGGGACAGGAAAAGAAAACAUGCUCGGAGUGUUCUAGCGACAUUCGACAAAGACGCAUUGAAAUCCUUGCUGGGAGAACGCUUUGAAGAGAUAGUACAAUUGAAAGCACGGGAGCCCUUGAAUGAUCACGGACCUGCUCCACGAAUAUCCUCGAGACCUGCCGGACUGAUGAACCUCCAAAACCAGCCUCAUCCGGUGCCGCCACUACACUCGAUCCGUGGCAAUGUCAUUUGGCCAAGUGCAUCACCUACAUCCAGUUCCCAAGUACAAUCGCUGAAACGGAAUCAAUCAGUUUCAAACAUCGUUGAUCUUACAGAAGAUGAUCCACCAUCCCCGAAGAGGAUUCGCGGGGAGAACGAGCGAUACUAAUUGAGACGGUCGUUCUUAUAUCCAUUUUUCUAAUCUCGCUUCCAACUCAAUAUGAUCAGGUACUAGCAAUAGUAAUCGUUUGUUAGAUUUGUACUGCUAGAGCUCUUCUGCUACCUAGGCCUGUACGCACUGUUGAUAUUGUUAUUCGCGCUACCUAUAUCGAGGCGAAGACAACACAGCCAAUUUCUCGACAUGGGGACCGCAACCAACCGUCUUAUGAUGAAGACACCUACUACACCUACUCUCCUUUAACAAAGUGCUAAAACACUUACGUAGUUUCGAGUCUCUAAUCGAUGUAUUCGGAAUGUUCGGAGUCGCUUGAGUAGCCUGAUUUGGGCUCAUCUAAUCCGUCCAUCUCGACGUCUGAAUAAAUGUUAUCAUCGUCGGUCCUGUCCGUGUUUGAGCCG